AUGGAGGGUUGUCCAAGAAACAGAGAAACCUGUCCUAAACUCCUUGAUUUGAUUCCCCAAGGAAGAAAAUGGUACCAUGAAGAGAAGAAAAACUCAGAUCAGGAAAAGAAACUUGAGCUAAGGCUUGGACCACCUGGUGUUGAUGAAGAUGAUCGUUCGGCGAUGAACACAGAGACGAGAAACAACAUCAAACAACAACAAAACAUCAAGAAGGAAUCAGAAGACAAAUCUAUCUUCAGUCUCAACGGAAACCAUUUCUCUCCUUCCAACAAAACCACUCAUGUUCCUCACAUCUCUCAUAAAAGAACUGCUCCUGGUCCAGUGGUGGGUUGGCCUCCGGUUCGUUCGUUUCGAAAGAAUCUAGCGAGCACAAGCUCUUCAAAGCUUGGAAACGAAUCCUCCCAUGGAGCUCAAAUCAACAAGAGUGGUGAUGGUGAAAAGCAAGUCGAACUUAAGAGGGAAGGAAUGUUUGUAAAAAUCAACAUGGAUAGUGUUCCAAUUGGUCGGAAAGUCGAUCUCAGUGCUUACAAUAGCUACGAACAGCUCUCUUUUGCCGUUGACAAUCUCUUCAGAGGUCUCCUCGCAGCUCAAAGAGAUACUUCUGGUGGUGAAGGAGAAGAGAAACCGAUCAUUGGUUUAUUGGAUGGUAAAGGAGAAUUUACUUUAACUUAUGAAGACAAUGAAGGGGACAAGAUGCUUGUUGGGGAUGUUCCUUGGCAAAUGUUCGUUUCAUCUGUGAAGAGACUGCGUGUUAUCAAAAGCUCUGAGAUUUCAUCUGCCUUGAGAUUUGGAUGCAGUAAGCAAGAGAAGAUGAGGAACUGA